AUGCUGCUAGGAGCGUCCUGGCUGUUGGCGUCCAAGGCGGCGGCCACUACUGCUCGGAGCGAGGGCGACGACAGGCAGGGUGAGCAGCAGCAGGAGGCCCAAGCGAGGACUGACGAGGAUAUGGACGAGUCAUCGCUGCUGGACUUGCUGGAAUGCUCCGUGUGCCUGGAGCGCCUGGAUACCACGGCCAAGGUGUUACCAUGCCAGCACACCUUCUGCCGCCGCUGUCUGGAGAGCAUCGUGUGCUCGCGCCACGAGCUACGCUGUCCGGAGUGCCGCAUCCUAGUGGGCUGCGGUGUGGACGAGCUGCCCGCCAACAUCCUGCUGGUGCGCCUGCUGGAUGGCAUUCGCCAGAGGCCCCGCACGGGCACCAGUCCGGGGAGCAGCCCUCCUGCGCGCCCGGGCCCCGGUACGUUCCCGGCGCUCGCCGGUGUUCCAGGAGGCGCGACCAGCAGUCCCCCACGUUCCCCUGUCUUUCUUCCAGCCGCGGCAGGCAGCUCUACCUCCAGUUUGUGCGACGUGGCGUCUAACAGGAGCGUGCCAGUGGCUAAGAAUCUAUCCCAGCUUCCCUAUGGAAAGGCCCUCUACAGCUAUGAGGGGAAAGAACCUGGUGACCUCAAGUUCAACAAAGGGGACAUCAUCAUCCUGCGGCGUAAGGUGGAUGAGAACUGGUACCACGGGGAGCUGCAGGGGACUCAUGGCUUCCUCCCAGCCAGCUACAUUCAGUGUGUCAGGCCCUUGCCACAGGCUCUGCCCCAAGGCAAAGCCCUGUAUGAUUUUGAGAUGAAGGACAGAGACCAAGACAAAGAUUGUCUGACCUUCACUAAGGAUGAAGUCUUAACUGUGAUCCGGAGAGUGGAUGAUAACUGGGCCGAAGGCAUGCUGGGAGACAAGGUCGGGAUUUUCCCACUCUUGUACGUGGAGCUCAACGACUCUGCCAAGCAACUCAUUGAGAUGGACAAGCUGUGCCCUGCCGCUGCCGCCACUGCAUGCAACCAUGACGCCCUCCUGCCCUCUGACCCCAGCACAUUAGCCAGCGUGGCCUCAGGUCCCACCCUAAGUAGCUCAGGGGCAGUCAGUGCCUUUCAACGACGUGUGGACAGCAAGAAGAAUGCCAAGAAGCGCCACUCCUUCACUGCGCUCAGUGUGACCCACAAGUCCUCCCAGGCGGCCAGCCACAGGCACUCCAUGGAAAUUAGCGCUCCAGUGCUGAUCAGCUCCAGUGACCCACGUGCUGCAGCCAGGAUUGGGGAGCUGGCCCAUCUGUCCUGCACCGUUCCCUCCCAGGACUCCUCUUCAGCUGGACCUGUCCCCACAGCCAUCCCACGAGCUGCCGCGGUGGCUGGAGAACAGGGCAUGUCUCCCAAAGUCCAGCUGCCCCUCAACGUGUACCUGGCUCUCUAUGCAUACAAACCCCAGAAGAAUGACGAGCUGGAGUUACGUAAGGGGGAGAUGUAUCGCGUGCUUGAGAAGUGCCAGGACGGCUGGUUCAAGGGGGCUUCCCUGAAAACCGGGGUCUCCGGGGUGUUCCCCGGGAACUACGUGACACCCGUCUCCAGGAUACCUGGAGGAGGGACUGGGUCAUCCUGGAAUAAUGUGCUCGGAGGGUCCCCAUUGGCCAAAGGGAUGGCAACCAUUAUGCACCCUGGAGGUGGCAGUCUGAGCAGCCCAGCCACUGCCACCAGGCCUGCUCUGCCUCUCACCACCCUGCAGGACCAUAUGCAGCACCCAGCCACCUCCCUCCCAACGGGUAGCUGCCUUCGGCACACUGCUCAACCAACAGCCAGCCAAGCCGGGGGGACCACCAUCCCAACAGCUACCCAUCCUUCAGCCCAGGCCCUGGAUCGACCGACUGCCACCGUGUCGCCCCUGCGCACUCAGACUUCUCCAUCCCGCCUGCCCACCACCAGCCUCCGCCCCCGCUCCAUGGUGUCCCCGCAGCACAGCCAGCAACCCGCCACGCAGAUGUGUUCCCGGCCAGCCAUUCCUUUUACAUCAGCAGCAUCGGCCAUUACACCUCCUAACGUCAGUGCUGCCAACCUCGGCGGGGAGGUUGGAGGGACGCCCAUCGCUGGCCUCUCCAUACCCAGCCCCAUCAACACAGGGUACAAGCCAGACGACAAGAAAAGUGAAAAGAAGGAGAAAAAGAGUGGGCUGCUGAAGCUGCUAGCUGGGGCAUCUACCAAGAAGAAGUCACGCUCCCCACCAUCUAUAUCUCCAACGCACGACCCCCAGUCGGCCCUGGAUACCUCACUGCAGGGUGCCGUGGGCCCUGAAGUGUCCCCAUUGACCGUCCACGGCAGGGCAGGUUCCUGCCCCAUAGAGAGCGAGAUGCAGGGAGCCAUUGGGUUGGAGCCACUGCACAGAAAAGCCGGCUCUUUGGAUCUGAAUUUCUCUCUGUCCCCUUCUCGGCAAGCAACUCUGUCCAUGGCUUCCAUCCACCCUGAACCUAAGCCACUGCCCAGAGAGAGGUACCGUGUGGUGGUCUCUUACCCUCCACAGAGUGAAGCAGAGAUUGAACUAAAGGAAGGUGAUAUCGUCUUCGUACACAAGAAACAUGAAGACGGCUGGUACAAGGGGACUCUGCAGCGGAAUGGCCGCACGGGCCUCUUCCCAGGCAGCUUUGUGGAGAGCUUCUGA